CGCCUUUAUUCGGAGCAGGCGCUUCGGGGCGGAGAGCGGCGCUGCCGUUUUACACAAAUAUCAGAUCAACAAAAGCUGGAGCGAUGCUCAGAGCAGGGCGAUAACACGGCAAAGCGACGAACACUACAGAAGAAUGAGGGACUCAGCGUUGGAUUCACUUCCCUUCACAGAUGACUUGCCAAAGUCUUUCCGUUACCAGUGUUUGAAGUGUUUACUGUAAUAGCUUUAAGCCAACAUACGGUGCACACUUGCCAGCACAAUCAACAGAGGCUUCCAAAUAAAGGGACAUCAUUUUGGGAAUAAAUUGCCAGUUUUGCACCUUCGCUGAUCACUUUUAUUGCGUUUGGCUGCUUUUUUAUGCAUUGCUCUGGGUUCCGGUCUCUAUCUGGUCCAAUCCUAAAGAAAUAUGGAGACCAAUGUGGAGUAUAUCGUAGGGCAAGUGAUGCAGAAAGACUUGGGGCGACGACUACAGGUUGGACAGGAGAUCAUAGACUACAUCUUGGACAGACAGAAGUCACAUGAUCUGGAGCAUGAUCAGACCAUGUUGGACAGGAUGGUGGAUGGCCUGGCUACUUCAUGGGUCAACUCCAGCAAUUUCAAGGUGGCCCUUUUGGGAAUGGACAUUGUGUCAGCUUUAGUAACAAGGUUACAGACUCGCUUUAAGACACAAAUUGGAACAGUCCUGCCUAGUUUAACAGACCGUUUAGGUGAUGCCAAAGACCAAGUACGAGACCAAGCCCAGACUCUGCUGCUAAAAAUAAUGGACCAAGCUGCCAAUCCACAGUACGUAUGGGACCGAAUGUUAGGAGGUUUCAAACACAAGAACAACAGGACCAGAGAAGCUGUUUGUUUUUGCCUUAUUUCCACAUUAAACAUAUAUGGAGCUCAAGGUUUAACUUUAAGCAAGAUUGUACCCCACAUAUGUAAUCUACUAGGAGACCCCACAAGUCAGGUUCGAGAUGGUGCCAUGAACUGCCUUGUGGAGAUUUACAGGCAUGUCGGGGAGAGGGUGCGAAUGGAUCUCGGGAAAAAGGGAUUGCCACAAUCACGGUUGAAUGUAAUUUUUAGCAAAUUUGACGAAGUCCAAAGAUCAGGGAACAUGAUCCUGUCCGCAGAUAAGAACAUAGAUGAUGAUGACUCUGUGGACGGAGGGCGUUCCUCUGCCUCCUCUAAGGGAGCGUCAUCAGCGCGGCGAACAGGAUCUAUGCGCAGGCCAAGUUCUGCCUCCAGCACCAAGAGCACAGGUAAAGAGGGCCCCAGUGCUGGUGCUGUGGAUGAGGACGACUUCAUCCGUGCCUUUGAGGAUGUGCCCACGAUACAGAUUUACUCCAGCAGAGAGCUGGAGGACUCCAUGAAUAAGAUCCGAGAGGUCCUCUCGGACGACAAACAUGACUGGGAGCACAGAGUGGCUGCGCUGAAGAAGGUGCGUUCGCUGUUGCUUGCGGGGGCCACGGACCAUGAGGGAUUCCUCCAACAGCUGCGGCAGCUAGAGGGCGCCUUCAAACUGUCCGCUAAAGAUCUGCGCUCGCAGGUGGUCCGCGAGGCCUGCAUCACGCUGGGGCAUUUAUCUUCUACUCUGGGCAACAAGUUUGACCACGGAGCAGAGUCCAUUAUGCCCACGCUGCUCAACCUCGUCCCUAACAGUGCCAAAGUCAUGGCCACAUCUGGCGUUGCAGCCAUCCGCCUUAUUAUACGACACACACACUACCCUCGGCUCAUCCCCAUCAUGACCAGCAACUGCACAUCCAAAUCUGUAGCUGUCCGACGGCGCUGUUACGAGUUUUUAGACCGUUUACUGCAGGAAUGGCAAACAAAUUCUCUGGAGAGGCAUGUAGCUGUCCUGAUGGAGACCAUUAAGAAAGGAGUUCACGACGCAGACUCUGAAGCAAGAUCUGUUGCCAGAAAGUGUUACUGGGGCUUCCAUGGCCACUUCAGUAAGGAGGCUGAACAGCUGUUUCAAGCUCUUGAGCUGACCUAUCAGAAGGCUCUGCAGUCUCAUUUGAAGAGUUCAGACAGCAUUAUGUCCCUCCCGCAAUCUGACCGCUCCUCCUCCAGCUCCCAGGAGAGCCUCAAUAGGCCGCUGUCUGCAAAAGUCCCCGUAGGAAGCAGUGUAACCAGAACUAAAGUAGUUACCUCUAAAGUGUCAUCCACGCCUGGCUCGCUGCAGCGAUCUCGCAGUGAUAUCGACGUAAACGCGGCUGCCAGUGCCAAGUCAAGAAUGCCCACUGUACCCGCUGCUGCCCCCUUCAGCUCAGCCACAGCACUGCCCCCCGGCUCCUACGCAUCACUGGAUGCUACUCCUGGUAAUGUGGAGGGUCGUGUCCGGACCCGGAGACAGAGUUCAGGCAGCAGCGUCGGGGGUGGAGCCUCUGUUACAGACAGUAGGGGGCGGAGCCGAGCCAAAGUGGUUUCUCAAUCACAGCCUGGGAGUCGCUCCAGCUCUCCUGGGAAGCUCAUUGGUCAGUCGUAUGGAAAAGUCCACCAUGCCACAGGCAGUGGGACCACCUCUGAGAAGCGCAGUAAGAUCCCCCGCAGUCAAGGCUGCAGCCGAGAGACCAGCCCCAGCCGCUCAGGCCAGGUGCGGGGCAGUCGUAUCCCACGGCCCAGUAUGAGUCAGGGCUGCAGUCGUGACACCAGCAGAGAGAGCAGCAGAGACACCAGCCCUGCACGGGGCUUCACGCCACUGGAUCCGUUUGGUCUGAUCCAUCAGGCGCGUAUUUCUGCCUCAGUCAAUGCCAUGCGGAUCCUCAACACUGGCAUGGAGGUUGAGGCAGCAGUGGCUGAUGCCCUGCUUUUAGGAGACUCCAGGAAUAAGCGGAGGCCCAUGCGGCAACGGUAUGAAUCUCCUGGCAUGUACUCGGAUGAUGACGCCAACAGCGAUGCGUCCAGCGCCUUCUCGGAGCGGUCAUACAGCUCACGCAACGGUGGAGUCCCACACUACCUGCGGCAGACGGAGGACGUAGCCGAGGUCCUAAACCACUGUGCCAGCUCCAACUGGUCUGAGCGCAAAGAAGGUCUGCUGGGCCUCCAGAACCUUCUGAAGAGCCAAAGAAUCCUCAGCCGUGUGGAACUGAAGAGGUUGUGUGAGAUUUUCACCAGGAUGUUUGCAGAUCCUCACAGCAAGAGAGUGUUCAGCAUGUUCCUGGAGACGUUGGUGGACUUCAUCACGCUGCACAGAGAUGACCUGCAGGACUGGCUCUUUGUGCUACUCACACAGCUGCUGAAGAAGAUGGGCGCUGACCUCCUGGGCUCUGUCCAGGCCAAAGUGCAGAAAGCCCUGGACGUCACCAGGGAUUCUUUUCCGUAUGACCAGCAGUUCAACAUCCUUAUGCGCUUUAUUGUCGAUCAGACGCAGACCCCAAACCUCAAGGUGAAGGUGGCCAUUCUGAAGUAUAUAGAGUCCUUGGCUAGGCAGAUGGAUCCCACAGAUUUCGUGAACUCCAGUGAGACGCGACUAGCUGUGUCCCGAAUCAUCACCUGGACGACGGAACCCAAAAGCUCAGAUGUCAGAAAGACCCUCCAUAGCUGGGUGAGUGAGGAGCUGUCGGUCAGGCUCGGCUCCCUGGCCUCUUUGCCCGUGGAGGGCAACCUGGAGGAGAGAUGCAAGCAGGCGGCUCAGAUGGUGCUGAUCUCUCUGUUCGAGCUGAACACUCCAGAGUUCACCAUGUUGCUGGGAGCUCUGCCCAAAACCUUCCAGGAUGGAGCAACCAAGCUUCUGCACAAUCACCUGAAAAACUCCAGCAACGCCUCAGCCAUGGGUUCACCAAGCAACAUUGUGGGCCGCACCCCUCCACGCCUCUCUAGCAGCCGCACCAGUCCUCUGACGUCAGCCACAAACUGCUCCCACGGAGGCCUCUCGCCCAGUCGUUUAUGGGGCUGGAGCUCGAAUGGUCCCUCAAAGCCUCCGUGUCCCUUCACUCCCCCUCCUCCCCCUGGCCCCGCCACCCCCCCUCUCCGGGCCCUGCGCCGGGCCUUCUCGCCCAGCAUGCUGGAGUACGACACAGAGAACAUGAACUCAGAUGAGAUCUACAGCUCUCUAAGAGGAGUGACAGAGGCCAUUCAGAGCUUCAGCUUCCGCAGCCAGGAGGACAGCUUUGAGCCAAUCAAACGUGAUGCCAAGAAAGAUGAUGCGUGUGGCGUGGCGUCCUCUACUGCUGACCCCCGGCUUGCUGCGGACGUGAUGGAGGGCGGCAGGAUGGCUCUGGAUAAUAAAACCUCGUUACUGAACACGCCAUCCCCCCGGCAGUUCCUGGGGCCCAGAACACGAGAAUACAACCCCUACAACUACACCGACUCCAUCAGUGCUUACGACAAGGGGGCCCUGAGGGAGGCCAUGUUUGACGAUGAUGUGGAACAGUUUCGGGAUGGUCGUCGGCAAGAUUUUGGUGAAAACAAAAUUAUGCAUACGAAGAGUUACUCUGCUGGGCCCACGCAGCACUUGGAGCUGGUUGGUGACCUGCUGAAGGAGCUGUCCAACCACAGCGAGCGUGUGGAGGAGAGACGAGCGGCCCUGCUGGAGCUGUUGAAGGUUACUCGUGACGACAGUGUGGCCGUGUGGGAGGAGCAUUUUAAAACAAUGCUGCUUCUGCUGCUGGAGACGUUGGGGGACAAAGAUCACACCAUUAGGGCGCUGGCCCUGCGUGUUCUGAAGGAGAUCCUGCGCAGUCAGCCUGCACGCUUCAAAAACUAUGCAGAACUCACCAUCAUGAAGACGCUGGAGGCGCACAAAGACUCCCACAAAGAGGUGGUACGCGCUGCAGAGGAGGCGGCCUCUACCCUGGCUGGCUCCAUCCACCCGGAGCAGUGCAUUAAGGUGCUGUGUCCCAUCGUUCAAACUGCAGACUACCCUAUCGACCUGGCUGCAAUUAAAAUGCAGACCAAAGUCAUUGAGCGCAUCCCCCAGGAUUCUCUACACCAACUGCUGCCUGACAUCAUUCCUGGCCUGCUGCAGGGCUAUGAUAACACUGAGAGCAGUGUGCGGAAAGCCAGUGUGUUCUGCCUGGUUGCAAUCUAUUCGGUGAUUGGGGAAGAUCUGAAGCCACAUCUUGCUCAGCUCACUGGUAGCAAGAUGAAACUGCUAAACCUGUACAUCAAGAGAGCUCAAACGACCAACAGCAACAGCAGCAGCUCCUCUGACAUCUCUUCCCACAGUUAAAUCAACCAAUCAUCUAUUCCAGCCCCAGGCCAACCAUAGCCUCCCUUCCAGUUCAGUUCAGUCCUGCUGUAAAGGCUCUUUUACCUGAGUGUAUCUCAAAACAACUCAACAAUCUGGUGUCGUCUAUUAGCCCCUUAAGUUCUAAGGAGUUGUUUGUAGACGCACACUACAAUUCCUCACUCAUAACUACAAAAAAAUAACACAUUAAGCUUGCAGGUUAAUGGUUAAUUGUACAUUUGAAUCACUCAGUUGCCCAAAGUCAUUUAUGUUUUUCCCAAGAGGUGUACUACGAUAGUAAUUUAUUAAUUAGAGCCCGACCGAUAUGAACAUUUUGUGGCCGAUACCGAUAUGGAUUUUAACAGACUAAAAAUUGUGAUAACGGAUAAUAUCUGCGGAUAAUAUUAUUAAUUGGUUGGUACAUUUUAGAUUUUCAUUUUAUACUUUAAUAGUUUUCGGUUUAUUUCAACAGAUCAACAGAUUUAUUGACACGUUGCUGUUCUCAGCUGUCACAGUUCUUAAACUUAAAUAAACAGCAGAAACUCACAGUUCCAUUAUUUUAAUAUUUUAAAUAUUGCAGCGCUGGGAGUGGAGCCAUAGUGCUUUGUGGACGUUUCUGUUAAUUACCUCAUUUUUCAUUAGCUCUCUUCUUAACUUUUUGUAACGUGAUGUUUGUGGUAAAGGUUAGGUUUAUAUACCUUUUACAUGGUUUUGUGUAAUUAUUGUAUUAUUAUUGUAUUAUGACAUAGUUUUGCUCUGUCACCAGGAGAUACCUAUCCCAGUGGCACUAUAAUCCGAAAAGUUACUUGUUUUCUGUGUGUUAUCAGCCGUAUUUUCACCAAUACCGAUAACACUGCAGGCUGUCGACAUCAGCCAACCAAAAUAUACUGAUAUUAGGAGCCAAUUGAAGUAUCAGACAGACAAUAUUUAUCACAGUGAGGAAUUGAAGUCGACUUGUCGCCAAGUCCUUAGAGUUAAAGGGGUCAAAGAAGGAUUUCAUUACAUCUUCACUUUUGCAUCCAUGUUUCAGUGGGACUGGACUGGACUGCUGUGUUACUGUACUCACAAAUGUAUGUGUCUGAUGUAUCAUACAUUUGGGAGAGCAGUUGUGCCUCAGUCCAGCUGCCUGUUUAGCUGUAUUGUCCAGUAAACCCUUAAGAAGCAUCCUUGCUGUGUUUCUCUGAAGGUCUUUUUUGACGUCAUUCUGUCACUACUUUGUAAUAAUAGCUACUUUUUUCUCAUAUUUGGGGACUGAUUUACUUUAGCCUGUCACACAUAUUACAAUUGCUUGCACAUACAAUCCAAGUAACAAGAUUGGUUGGCUGAAGAAAACAUUCUGACCAAUCACCUGCCAUGUUACUGUUUGCUUGUGUGAGCAGCUUCAGUAAAUCAGGCAUUUUUAUAGUGAAUGUAAGGACUGGUGGACAUUCAUUCCCUCUAUAGGCUUAGUAGUGGACAUCCUAAUCACCGCUGCCUCUGACUUCUGGAACAUUCUCUUUGUGCAUGUCAAGUAUUAGGAACUAUGUUCAUUUUUUGGGGCAUUCAAACCUAUAUAUGCAAGAACAGAGAUUGUAUUUGUACAGUAAUUGUUUCAUUUUACCCAAGUGGAAGAGAAAAAAAAAACAAAGAUGAAGGAUGAAUUUAUUCCCUGUUCAGUCUGUAAAAACAUAUAUAUAGAAUAUUUCAUCUCCCAUUCCACCUCUUGUUUUGCUUGAUGAUCAUUUGGCUGGUCCAGUGACUUGAGAAGAAGGCCGAAAUAUGAAAUACUGCAAAAUUCCGAAGAUAAAACUACUUUUAUUGCCUUUAGGUUUGAAGACCAAGAUAAUUUAAGGGGUGUCAAUUCAAAGAAAGCCUUGUUCACAGUCUGUCUUAAUGACAUUUUAAGGCUCAAAGACAACUUCUACAAAAUUUCAAUCAAGCUAGCUCCUUUAAUCAAGCUGUGUUUGGUCAUUCGCAAAUUAGAAAUACCACUACAAAAUGGCUUUAGUUUUGUUUAAAGGGAUCGACAGGCUCUGAUAUUACAUGCUUGAUGAAAUUCUAAAGUUUUUAGAGCAAUAAUGCUAAUGAAAAUGAUCCAAAUUGGAUUUACUGUUAGUCAAACCACUGUUAAAACCCAAUUUUAUGGUUUUUGGAAGGUGUGUUCCUGUAUGGUCUUGUAGAAUGUUUAGGGCCCUUACAACAUUUUUGAAGCUGCUUUGAAUCGAACCAUAGCUCUUUAAAUAUUAUACAGUGCUGUUGAUGAAUGUUGAGUCUUUUUAUGUGUUAACAUUGCUUUACUUAACUAUUUAGGCCUUACCAUGUACCGGCAUCCACAAAACAUUGCCUGAAACGUUACUGUUUUCUAAAAUGUGAAGAUGCCUCCGUCGUAUUAAAAUCGACUGGGGACUGAAAUGGUUCCAAAAAGUUCUCGUGUCCAGCCUGGAGCUUGAUCUCUUGCCAUCCUGCUACACUACGUGUAGCUGUUAUGCUGGGUAAACGGUGGUGAAUCGUAAAAUCUGACCAGACAUUUUCCAGCACAGAAUUUCCCAUGUUUGUAUCACUAGCAAACCUGAUGAAAAAAUAAAGAUACUAACAUUCAGAAUAAGUCAUAAAAUUACAGAAUAGGAAUAGUUCAAUCAUAAAGGCUAACAUUGCUAACAACAAAUAAAAGCCAACAGCUACCAGUAAUUGGUGGCUCCCAUUCACUGUUAGUCGUGUUAGCGUAAGAAAAAAACAGUACUAAGUAAUAGUUCAGUCAAAAAAGCUAAUGUUGCUAACAGUAAACGGAAAUAAUCAGCCACAAGUUAACAUCAUGCUAGUGACAUGCUAACUGUGGCAUCUAUUCACUGUUAGCCUUGUUAGCAUCAGGAAAAAAAAAACACAAUUUAAGUAAUAGUUUGGUCAAAAAAGCAACUAUUGCUAAAUAGUAUACGAAGGCAAAGAGAUACCAGUCAGAAUUAUUCAAAUGGCAACAUGCUAGUUCGUGGUAUCCAUUCACUGUUAGCCACAUUAGCAUGGUUGAUUAAGCUAUUCUAGUAAGACAACUUAUUUUAAAGUUUUAUCUGUAAUUGACUUUGCUGAAGAGUCCCUCCUGCAUGCAAGUGGAUGCAUGCGUGUUUUAGCGGUGCCUCUUUGUAAGAACAUCUCUGAAUUUCAACAUUCUGGAUCUGUCCCUUCUACCGUAAACACACAGUACUGUUACGAUUUGUGCAGUAAGCGACUUCGUACUGUAUGUGAAGCUAAGUGAACUAAUGUAGGUGACAGAGUAAUAAGUCUCCUGGGUGUCUGUAUAGUGUAGAUAUGUUUACAUGUACACUUUUUGCAUAGAGCGCUAUUUGCAAACCUGCUAGCAUCCCAGACUUACAAACCUCUCAACACAAAUAUACCUUCCUAUUCACUACUAAUAAUGAAAGCCACCUCUUAUGUUCAUGCAACUUCGUUCGUUUGAGCUGCAGAUAAGGUUGUGUGAGUGUAUGUGUGAGUAUGCGUGUGUGCAUAAGAGAAAAGCCAGUGUUUCAUAGACGACUGUUACUAUUGCAAGUACAACGCUUUAUCGCUUUUGCUGACGUACUGAAAUGUUAGACAAUGCCACCUCUUGCUUACUGCGCAUGCCUUUUGUUUAGCUGCUCUUAUUUAAUAUAUCCAUAUCUGUAUUUAUAUAUUUGUUUUAUUUGUGAGCUUUACAGCAACUGUACAGAAAGACCCUGUUUUUGUUAACUUUCACCUGUGAUAGAAUUUGCAAUCUGUAAACUUCAUUUGCUCUAGAUAAAUGAAACCUCAGAGUUUUCCACCCCUCA